GUGAAGCAUUAAAGUGAGAGCAAACGGAAGAAAAAGCAGCAGCCCUGCAGUGCAGGAUAUCCAGCUGGGAGAACUAGUUGUGACAGAAGCAUUCUGGGGUGGACAGCUUUAACUAUAGUGAGAACGUUUAGUAGGGAUGAAGGAAGUUUUCGAUUAAUUAAAUGUUACCGAUAUGCAGAUGCUCUGAUUUGAUACCUGAUGUUAGAAUGAAUCCAAAUGUCAAAACCUGCACCAAACAAAACAAAAACAUCAUCACUGGUACUAUGUCUCAAAAUCUUCAUCUUGUCAGCUCCAAUUACGUGGCCUAAAUUUGUUAAAGGGCAGCACAUUUGGGAAUCCUGGACACUUGGACUCCAACUUUGGGUGGCGCCAGAGCGCAAGAAACGAGGAAAUGGGUAAAAACCAACACAACUCAUCGGGUAAUCUGCCCGGAGAAUCGUUUUAUGGCUUCGGCCGUCUCCACGUCCCGUUAGGUGAUGUGUGGAUCUUUUCAGCGGGUGGCAGGACUUGCCACCUGUCAGGAAUGGUAAACAGGCUUCGCUGAAGACCGCGCUGACCCUCUCUUCUUUUGCACCGGGAAACGUUCGCGGCUUUUGUUCAUGUGCAUCUGUGUUCGUGAAAGAAAUACGGACAACUUUAACUGACAUCGGCGCAAGAGAAAGUGAGCCACACACAUAAGUGGCAAGAUUAUAAGCGGAGCGUCUGCACCCGGAAGCCUCCAACCUCCUUCGCUUUUUUGAAGAUUAGUGGGUUGACCACGUCUGAAGGACACUAACAACAGGAUUAGGUAUUGUGCAGUGUAACCUACUUCUCACCACUCCUGCAUCUUGUCCUCUGAAAAUUUGCGCAAUGACCUUUGGUGCACUUGGAAUACAGCGGCUGCGCCCGUGAGGUGGGCAAGCAAUAAGGCUUGACGGAAGAUGCGACGGGGGUGGUGGCUCGUCAGAUGGCUGGGGACAGGAAUGGCAAUCCUCUCUUUGCUAACCCACAGCUGGGGCCAGAACACAGAAGACUGGCACUAUGAGGAGUGUAAGCUGUCCCGGCCUGGUCCCCCUGCAACCAUAGUCACCGUUGACGAGGAGAGCCCAAAUGGUACAGUUUUGGUGGAAAACAUGCAGAUAAAUGGCCGUGCCCAAGACCCAGGCAGAACCAUCUCACUGACGUUGUUGGAUAACUAUGACUACUGGGUGAUAUUGGAACCAGCACGGCAGAGACUCUACCUCAACAGCACUGGGCGUGUUCUGGACAGAGAUCCCCCCAACUCCAUCAGCACCAUCGUGGUUCAGGUGCAGUGCACAAAUCAGCUGGUUGGUACUGUCAUCUUGCAUGAGGUACGGAUUGUUGUGAGGGACAGGAAUGACAAUGCCCCUCGCUUUCAGCAGCCACGCUACUAUGUUGCAGUAAACGAGCUCACACCACCUGGAACAACAAUUUUCACUGGCUUCUCAGGAAAUAAUGGUGCUACAGACAUUGAUGAUGGGCCUAAUGGACAUAUAGAAUACAGCAUCCUUUACAACCCCAGCGACCCGGCAUCUAACAGAACAGUAGCAGUCAGCAACAGCCUUUCAGGAAGCAUUAUUUUGGCAGAGAGACUAAACUACGAGGACAGAACACGGUACCUGGUUUUGGUCCAAGCCAAUGACCGCGCUCCAUUCCCCCCUAACCGACUAACCGCUACCACAACUUUGACUGUGGAUGUCGAGGAUGGAGACGACCUGGGUCCCAUGUUCUUGCCUUGUGUUUUAGUGAACAACACUCGUGACUGCAACCCCCUCACCUACCGUGCUGCUAUCCCUGAAUUCACUGAACCGAGCAAACUGAACCCACUGAAUGUUACCCCUCCGAUCCGUGCUGUGGACAUGGACAGAAAUAUACAGCCCCCAAGUGCCAGACCAAACAUUCUCUACUACAUCCUGGUUGGUGAACCAAACACAUAUGCAGCAUAUUUCUCUUUGAACAAAACCACUGCAGAAAUGCGCGUCCUGCAGCCAAUCAGCCGGGACUUGUAUCAAAGGUUCACAUUAGUCAUCAAGGCUGAACAGGAUAAUGGUCAUCCCCUCCCAGCAUAUGCUAAAGUCAUCGUUGAAAUCUUGGAUCAGAACAACCAGGCGCCAUAUUUCCAGUUUGCUACCUAUCAGGGCUAUGUGAGUGAGUCCUCCCCAGUGGGUACGACUAUCUCAGCCAGUGCCAACCUUACCGCCCCCCUGGGAAUCGUUGCUUUGGAUAAUGACAUUGAGGAGACAAAAGACCCCAUGGUGACGAUUACCCUGGAUGACUACACCAUGAUCUUCAGCCUGACCCCAACUGGGAUAAUCCGCUACCUGAGGCUCCUCAAACCUGUGGACCGGGAGAAGCAGAUGGCCUAUACUUUCACGAUGGUGGCAUCAGAUGGCGUCCAGCAGAGCAGGCCGGUAACUGUCAACAUCCUGGUCAUUGAUGCCAAUGACAAUACCCCCACAUUUGGAGAGGUCUCCUACAGUGUUGAAGUCUUCACCAACAUGCAGCCGGGGGAGACGGUGCUACAGCUGACAGCAUCAGAUGCAGAUGAAGGGCUGAAUGGUUUGGUGACCUAUGAGAUACUGGCUGGCGCCCAAGGAGAUUUCAUCAUCAGUAAUCGCACUGGACGCAUCACCGUGGCACCUGGUGUCACUUUAACUGUCGGGCGAUCUUACACACUCACUGUCAGGGCCUCUGACAAUGCACCAGAGACCCAGAGAAGGAGCUCCAUCACGACAGUCUACAUCGAGGUUUUGCCACCCAACAAUCAGAGUCCACCACGCUUUCCUCUCCUGACAUACAGCCUAGAAGUCAGUGAAGCUAUGAGGAUAGGAGCUAUUCUGCUCAAUCUGCAGGCCAUAGACAGAGAGAACGAUCCGAUCAGAUACCGCAUUGUGAGCGGGGAUUCCCAGAAGGUCUUUAACCUCACUGAAACGAUUGGCCUUCUACUUCUGGACAAGCCUCUGGACAGAGAGACAACUGACCAGUACCGUCUGAUUGUCACAGCCUCAGAUGGCCACCCUGGAGGGACAACCACAACUACUGUGAACAUAGUUGUUACCGAUGUCAAUGAUAAUGACCCGAAGUUUGACCUCACCAUACCUUCAAAUUUUUCUGUGCGAGAAGAAGAGGCCAACUUGUUUGUAGGACGAGUAAGGGCCACAGAUCCAGAUGCAGGAGCUAAUGGCCAGGUGCGCUACCGGAUCGUGAAUUAUCCCGACUUGUUUACAAUAAGCGCUAAUGGAAGCAUCUACACACGAGUGCCACUUGAUCGGGAGUCAAGAAAUCAGUAUGACUUGGUGGUUGAAGCCUCGGAUGGGGCGGUAGACCCGCGACGGACCUCUUUCACUGUUUCAGUCCAGGUCACGGAUAUCGAUGACAACAGCCCGGUGUUCUCCCAGCAGACCUAUGUGGUGAAUGUGCCUGAGAACAGCCCUGUGGGAACUGUAGUCCUGCAGCUAAGUGCGGUAGACUUAGAUCUCUUCUCCAAUGUCACUUAUCGGAUCAAGACUGAAUCAGCCAGGCAGCUGUUUUCCCUGAACCCUGUAACAGGGGUGUUAGCUGUACUGCAGACCCUGGACUUCGAGUCCCUGGCAGCUAUGAAUAUGGGGGCUUCUUACACAUUCCAGGUAGAAGCUGUCGACCAAGGAGGGGUCAUGCCUCCUGGGCAAGCUACCGUCACAGUCCGCAUCACGGACAUGAAUGACUUCUCCCCCAUCUUUCUCCAAGACCUGUAUAAAGGCAUGGUGGCACCUAAUGCAGAGAAAGGAACAGUCAUUACCACAGUUUAUGCUGAGGACCAAGACCCACCAGGUACUCCUGCCAGUUUGGUUCGCUACAGAGUGGAUCUGAACAGAUCGCCAUACAGUGGGAGUAUUUUUGAUGUGGAAGCAGAAACAGGGAGAAUUAUCACGAAGGUCAACCUCAAUGAAGAGCCCAGUGUCACCUUUAACCUCUUUGUGAUAGCCUAUGACAAUGGGGAGCCAGUGAAGUCUAACAGCACUUUGGUGGAGAUCACAGUCCUUCAGCCUUCUCGCAUCCCAAUCUUCACCCAGGAAGAGUACACGUUCCCUCCAGUUAGUGAGCUGGCUCCUAUUGGCACUUCAGUGGGGAUUAUUCUUGCUGCUGCUAUCAAUCAAACCAUCUUCUACUCCAUUGUUGCAGGAAACGAACGAGGUCAUUUUCAGGUGAACAACAGGACAGGCGUCAUCUCCACGGCAAAACCACUGGAUUAUGAAAACGUGACCAGCUAUGUCCUCAGGGUCCAGGCCGACUCAAUGGUGGUUGUCAUGUCCAACCUCCGUGUGCCUUCUAAAACUAACACAGCCAAGGUGUUCAUUGAGGUUCGGGAUGAGAACGACCACCCUCCUGUCUUCUCCAGGAAGCUCUACAUAGGCGGUGUGGCAGAAGACACUAAGAUCUUCAGCUCAGUGCUCAAGAUAGUGGCCACCGAUAAGGACACUGGGAAUUACAGUGCCAUGGCAUACCGCCUCAUCAUCCCACCCACACCAGAGGGCCAGGACAGCUUUGUCAUUGAGACCUACACAGGUAUCGUCAAGUCGGCCAUCAUGUUUCGGAACAUGCGCAGAUCCUACUUCAAGUUCGAGGUUAUUGCUACUGAUGACUAUGGAAAAGGUCUUAGCAGCAGCGCUGAAGUGGUGGUUUCUGUGGUCAACGCAUUGGACAUGCAGGUUGUUGUGUCCACUGUACCACCCACUUUAGUGGAAGAGAAGAAGGAAGAGCUCAUUAGUAUUCUGGAGCGCCACGUCCAGGACCAGAUUCCAGGUGCCAAGGUGAUUGUAGAGGCUAUCGGGCCACGUCGCCAUGGUGAUGGCUUUGAGUUAGAAGACUACUCCAAGUCGGACCUGAUGGUAUACGCCAUUGACCCACUCACGAACAGGGCCAUUUCACGUCAGGAGCUUUACAAAUUUCUCGAUGGGAACUUGCUGGAAAUCAAUAAGGAGGUUCAGCCAUACCUGGGUGAAGGUGGCCGCAUGGUUCAGGUUCGCUCCCCAGAUAUUGUGGCCAGUGUGAAGAAGGCUGCCCAGGCUGUCGGAUACACAGAGGGUGCCCUCCUGGCCCUGGCGAUCAUCAUUAUCCUUUGCUGCAUCCCUGCCAUUCUCAUCGUCAUGGUCACCUACAAACAGCGACAAGCAGAGUGUGCCAAAACUGCCAGGAUUCAGAUGGCUUUACCACCGGGAGGGAAAGCAGCUCCGGCAGCUGCUCCCACUGCUAACCUCUAUGAAGAGUUGGGCGACAGCAGCAUACUGCAGGCUAAAAAGUCUGUCAUUGAGGAGGCUGACCACCAGAGGAUUCUUAGCUCCUUUGCCUGUCGUGCCAUUGCAGCCCGCAGCAACGGAACACUCCGUGUCAACUUACCCAAGUCAGAGAGCAACGUGACCUUCCUCUCUGACCACAACCCACUCACCACCCACAACCCUGUCUAUGAUGAUAACACUCCUCUCUGCAGUCCUGACGCACAAGGGGAAAGCCCAUCUGAAAAGCGGUUCUCCUUUUCUCCUCCCCACACAGCAGGGUCAGGGUUCGUCUGGUCAAUGCCUGCUCGCAUUCAUGGAGGACAGCAUGGUUAUGAGGUACCAAGGAGACAGGCUCUUAUGGACCCAGCCAAAUGGGAGCUGCAGAUACUCCAGGCAGGCAUGAGUGGCGAGCAAAGGCCAGCGAGUUCAGACAUAUUUCACGCGAGUGGCAGCACAGAGACCAAGUUGUCAUUCCGUGAGCAGGCCAGCCAGUUUGGGCAUCGGGCCUUCCAGGAGCAAACCCUCAAGCAAAGUAGAGCACCCGCAGGCUCCCUCUCUUCCAUCCUUGUCAGGGAUAGAGACAGUGAUGACAUGCUGGAGCUGACCUCAGAGGCUCUGCUAUCCAUCAUGGAUUACUCCUACAGUCCAAUGUCUGUGGGCAGAGAUGUGCCCCCCAGCAUUAGCGUUACCCGGGGAGAUGAGUCACUCCCCCUGGCUAGCCAGAAAUCAACUGCGCCUAUUCUCAAGAUGUUGAGCUCUGGCAUCUCCAAAUAUAUGACAGAGGAGCCAUGCCAGAUCACUGUGGAGAUCAUACCUGACCCACCAGAAAAUCCGCCGCCUUCUCCUCCACUGCAGCAGCAGCCACAUCCACCUUCCCUGCCCACGCCUCCUCCCUCGAGCCCUCCUCCUCCUCCUCCUCCUCCUCCUCCACCUCCUCCACCUUCACUUUCCUCCCUUCAUAAACCUGAAUGUACUUCUCAGUCCUCUUCUCCUCCUCCUGUCACUAAACACAUCACUCUUCCGCCCCCACCACCUCUGCCUCCCUCUCUAUCACCUGCUAGCAAUCAGCCACGCCCAGUCGUUCAGUUUAUCCCAACCUCUUUGCCGCCCAUGUCUUCCCUUCGCCCUGUUUCCGAACGAAAGCACCCUCCUCCGCUUUCACCAUCACAAGCUGACGGUGGGAGGAAGGAGCUUAAAGGGAUCCUGAAAAACAUCCAGAAUCUAGCUGACAUAGAAAGGUCUGUUGCCAACCUGUACAGCCAAGUAGACAAAAAUUGCAAGAUGCCCAAGUUUAGCACGAAACCACAAGUGACUGAGGAAUCAGAGUGUACUAACAAACUGCAAAGCUCUGACACCAGUGAGGAGCAGAGCAUGCCAAAAGCAAACAACUCCAGCUCUGAAGUCCAAAUCAACUCAACAAGUAUGAAUUGUGCUGGAAAUGCUGCAAGUAAACCGAACGUAGCAGCAGACAUUCAGCAGACAAGCCAACUGAACUCAAACAGUCCAAACACUGCUGAGCUCAGUGAGCAGGUUACUUCUCAGUCCACAGUGUUCUGACUUUUCCUUUGUCUCCAUAUUCUCAUUAUGUUCAUUUCUACAUUUCCAUGCCUGUUUUUUUCCCUGUUGUUUCUGCAUUUUAUGUUGUAUACAGUUGGUAUAUGUUUUAGUCAUGUCAUUUUUUUUUUCAAAUUCUAGAGCCAUCAGCCAAGGAAUGUACUCAGAUCCUUUCUUAGCAGUAUAAAAAAGAGGCUUGCAUAUUUAGUAUGGGUUUGGCUUUUUUUCCACAUUUUAAUUAUGUGAACUGGUAUGAGGACUGUGAUAGUAUUAAGUAUGCCCCUGAGUUCACGGAUUAGUCGGUUCAGCAUGUUAUACAUAUGCACCGUCUUAAUCUUAACAUUAACAUUUCAUAGCCAAAACUAUUUUAAUUAAAUUAUACUAAAUAGCAUUUUUUCAAGUCCCACAGCCCUGGGGUCUGUUUCUUCAACCACUGGCUGCAUAUUGGGGAUUUUGAAUUUGUUCUUUUACUUCUUCUCUGAGAUAAGAGCAUUAAAUUUAGUAUGCAAUUGCUUCAUUCCAGAAUCCUAAUGAGGCAGGAAGAACAACAUAAUAUCAGACCUUUUUUUUUUUUCAAUAUCUGUUUUCACCAAUUUCCCAAAGGUAUGUAAAUCUAUGGAAUAAGCUUCUCAGUUUUCAGUGAGGGUAAUUGCAUAUUCAGAAAGUUGUUACUUGUAGGUGUAUUUAAGUACAUAACAUGAUGACUGAAAAUGAAAUCUAACCUUUAGAGAUGUGGGAUUCUGUGAAAUAUGUACAUAAAGAAUCAAAAAUAUGUAUACUGAAGCAAACGAAAAAUACGGGAUAAUAUGAUAUGACAAGCUGUACACAGUGUCUUUAUUCAAACAAGUGAAUGCCAGUACCAGCUACAUUUAUUUGAAAGCUUCUUAUGUUGGUUGAAGCUAUAAAAAGAUAUACAUCGGCUUGUCCCAGGAGGCUCAUGUUGAAUGAAGAGAGCCAACCGCUGGGGGACCUGUCUAUUCACAUGUCCGCAAAGAUCCUCUCAGCAUGAUAAAGUAGUCACUGUGAUGUUCGUCUGCACUCUGGAAAAGGCUAAUUAGAGAAGCAAUCAAUCGUUAACCAGGGCUGCUGCCUGUGGGACUGUCAACUACUGUUACUCUCUCCUUUCCUUUUCUAUUCCUCUGACCUUCUGCCUGCCUGUGUUUCUCUGUCUCCUACACCGCCCCUCUCCCUGCAGUUAGUUCUAAUACUUUCCAAUCCUUGGCCUCUUCUUGUUAAUCUUUCCUUUUGGUCCUCUGGAGAUUCUAUUACCUUCUUUAGACUCAUUGCAAUGCAGCCUCUGCUCCCGCUCUCUUCUUUUUUUCUUCUUGUGUUCAGGUUUCUCACUUUCUCUCCUCUCUGUCUUUCUGCUAUAUACCCUUCAUGUGUUUGUUUCACCUUCCAUGCCCUAAGGCAAAUGGUCUUAGCAUACCUCAAUUCCAAAGCAAUGUAAUGUUUGAUUCAUCACAUGUUCCCCUGAUGGGCUGAUCGAAGGUCCUCUAAUUCUGUAUUCCAUGUUCACUGCAUGGGGUAAUCUCUUUUGCAAAGAGGCUAGGUGAUCACACGCUGUUUCUUUCAACCCAAAGACCAGUCUUAAUGGAUUGUCUUCUUUAUAUUCUUUUUUACAGUUGGUUUUAUCAAUAUUGUUUUGUAUUCCAGCUGACAGUUCAAUGCAGUAAUAUCAAAAAAAUAAAGAAAGGAAAGCAAAACAGUUUAUUUCUAGAGAAUUAUUCUCAGGAAAAUUUUUGAUUGGGAACGCAAACAAAAAGUCAAAGUCAAGAGUAACGUAAACAUAACAUACUAUGUUUUUAGUAGAAAUAUCUAAGCUGCAACGGAUCUAGUACACUUGAGAAAAUACAAACCAAUCAUUAUACAGUAUCCUAUACAAAACAGUAGGCUGUGUGCACAAAAAUUGCUGAUUAGUAAGCAACUUUAUACCAGGUUUAUUUUUGUUUGUUAAGAAUAGUUAAACAUUUGGUGAUUUGCAGCUGUCUUUCUGUGAGUUACAUUAGAAAUUAAUCCUUCCAUUCUGGUCCACAUAAUAACUAUUUAACUAAAUCCUGUUAUAAAGAAACAGCUCUGUCCGAAGGAAACAAACACACCCGAAAGCCACAAUAAAUUAGGUAUAAUAUCAGGGUUACAGCUAAAAAAAACAAGUUGGUAUUUGAUAAAUAGAUAUGCAUCAACCUCAAUAUCCUUGGCAGAAUCAGAUUAAUACUAGUUUUUGGCCAAAACUCAGCUUUUUUCAAUGUAAAAUCUAAUUUUUGCAAUAAGAAAAUAAUAAUAAGAAGAAAUUAUUCAACUUGACAAUUUUCCUCAAGCAUGAGUAGGUUGCAAGACCUUAAAAAACUGAAAAUAAAAUUCUUUUCUACUAGA